AUGGCAACAAGAACACGACUUCUCAGAGAACUCAAAGGCAAAACAGAAGAAUUUUCUUUGAACAACGUAGGCGACGAUUUAAUGAUAUGGCAAGCAAUAAUCCAAGGCCCUUCCGAUUCUCCAUACGCUGAUGGUAAAUUUACUAUCGAAUUUAGAGUUCCAGAAAAUUACCCAUUUGCCCCACCAAAGGCGCGGUUCAUCACUCGAAUUUUCCAUCCAAAUGUGCAUUUUGAUACUGGAGAUAUCUGCUUAGAUGUGCUUAAAAGUGAUUGAAGCCCAGCAUGGAGUUUGGAAGCCUUAUGCCGAGCUAUUGUUGCGUUGCUUUCAGCUCCUAAUGCUGACUCUCCUUUAAAUUGUGAUGCCGGGAAUAUGAUCAGAGCAGGGGAUAUGAGAGCUUAUAAUUCGAUGGCAAGGAUGUACACUAUAGAGUUUGCUCAAGAGAGAAAUCUUAACUAA